GACUGUCAUUCACAAUCGGGUUUUCAUUGUGAGAGGGUGGUUUAACAGCCCGAAAAGACGAAACUAUUAUUUUUGCAAAAAUGGACACAAAUUGUGUUAAAUCUCGUCACUUUAAAGUUAAAACACACUCACGACCAUAAUACAUAUCACCUGUGUUUAUCUCGUUGUUAUUAUUUGUUUGUUUUUUAUAUAAUUUCUAACGGAAAUUCAUUAUAUAAGUUAGCUCCCGGGAGUUCCUUCGAUGCAAGGAAGUGUUCAGUAGCAAGAAAAUAAAUAAUAAUUUCAAUCGAAAAGAAGUGAUUUUGUUGAAAGAAAAUAAUUUUUUGUUAAAUAGAAUUAAAAUCGAUUCGAUUCGGUACGCAUACAUACGCUCUUAUCAAGUGGAUUGCAUGAAUCAUAAUUUAGUAAUUAAUAAAUUUGAUUUUGGAGUGGUUUCGGUUCAGUGUUUGUGUGUGAUUGAAUGACUACAAAGAUUUUUUCCAUUAAUUUUUGUUCGUCGUCGUGUGAUUUAUAACUUAAAACACAUUUCAAUCAGAAAGGCCGACUGAACACAGUAAAUACGGCAAGAUGGAUGAUUGGAUUUUUAAUGAUGAGCUGAAAUUUCAAUGGAGCGAUUUGGUUGCAUAUUCCGCUGCAACUGCCAUGAUUGUUGGUGGUGUAAUACCUUACGUACCGCAAUAUAAACAAAUAAAACGCACUCAAGACCCAGAAGGAUUUUCGUUGCUUGUUUGUUUAACACUGCUUAUAGCCAACACACUUAGAAUAUUAUUUUGGUUUUCCAAACGUUUCGAGCUUCCGCUUUUAAUUCAAAGCAUUGUGAUGAACCUGACGAUGUUCCUAAUGAUUCACUUAUGUGUUAAGGUUAGACGAAAUAAUGCAAUUAUGAAGACGAGAGACCGAGUCUUUGCAGAUUUCGACACGAGAUACUUCUGGGCAUGGACUGAUUUUCAAUCGUACCUUGAUUUUAUGUUAGUUUUUUGGGCAGCUGGAGCGGCUGUAACGUAUUUGCUGUUGAACGUAGAAUGGUUUAUGGAAACUGUUGGUUUUUUGGCACUGUUCACCGAGGCAAUGCUAGGUACACCGCAAUUUUUACGGAAUUUUAGAAAUAAAUCAACUGCGGGAAUGAGCAUGAGCAUGGUGGUUAUGUGGACCCUAGGUGAUAUAUUUAAGACUGUUUAUUUUGUAGCUAGAGAAGCUCCAAUGCAAUUUUGGAUUUGUGGCACUCUACAGGUUACAUUAGAUAUAGCUAUCCUCAUUCAAGUUUACAUUUAUCGAAAGAAUUCCGCGCCGAGAAAUGUGCAUCGAGGAGAUUAGCAGUUUGCCCCCCAAACUAUUCCACAAAAUAAUCGUAAAGACUCCGCUACCAGUUGCCAUCAACCAGAUUCUGUGCCUGGUUGCUCCAAAUCACCGAUUCGUUCCCGUGAACAAAGCAGCAGUAUAUCUAGUCAAGAACAAUACAACAACAAUAAUCCAAUUGUCCAAACCGUUCAAUCAUCUCGACCAAACACUCCGACAGUGCAGCAUCAGUCAUCCGUUGAUGUGAGCGACGUUAGAAUUUGUGUGUCUAGUCAUUACGACUCACCACCAUCGAUUGGCCGUCGGAGUACUAGUAGUAAUACAGAGAUCAAUGAACUUGAUCCGAACAGCAAAUGUGAAACUAGUCCCAAUGAAUUACCCGAAAUCGUGAUCAAAUGCGAAGAGAAACCGGUCAUCAUCCCGAUACAGGACACGAACAACGACGAUCACACGAUCGAUGCAACAAAAUCAAUCAACGAUAUGGUAACGAUUAAGAACGAGUGUAAUAACAGUGUGAACCGGCAAUCCAGUGUGAAAAAGAAAGGCAACAAUACAAAUGUCUGUGAUGUAUUAUGACAUAGUGUGUCGCUGGUCGCGUGGCCAGCGAUCGAUAUAAAUACAAUAAUUCAACAGGUUGUCGGUGUGCACCAACAGACGGUGACCGCUGAAACACAAACCGAUAUCAUUGACUGUGAUGUCGCUAACAAAAAACAGGAUUGUGCUGAGAUUAUUUUAUAGCACUGGCGACUUUUCAAUAUUUUUUUAAUAGUAAAUGUGCAUUAACGUAGACAUGUGUGUGAGUGCGGGGUCACAAACGAGGAUCUCGCAUUUUGUGCAUUACAUUUUCAAGUAGAACAAGGAGAAGAAAACAAAAAUAUAUAUUUUUUGCUACAUUAACUGAACGGGGUAUGUAUGAUAUGUAUUUGUGGACAUUUAGAAAUUUUUGGGGGGGAACUGAUAUUUUUUAGAAGUAAAAUGAAUUUUGAGUUAGGAAAAAAAGCGGAAAAGUUUACGUGGAAGUCAUGUACCAUGUGUAAAAUUAGUUAUUAAACGAAAAUGAAGUUAAGGAAGCGCUUGUUAAUUUGUGAUUGCGGAUUUUUUAUCAAAAAAUAUAUUUUGAG